GGAUCGAUUUAAAGACCAACGCUUGUUAUUGUGCAUGUAUUUGAAGAUGUUCACUAGGCUCCAUUUUAAAACCUGAGGUGAUUCUAGCAUCCUGCUUUUGAUGUGGUGAUCUUUUGCAGAAUCACAAGCCUUUAGACCUCAUAAUAAGACCUUAUAAUGGAAUCAACAGAGGUCCGACUGUGCUAUUACCCAAAACCUCCACAAACUCCUGCUGGCUCACAGUUUUGCGGAGAUGUGCAGACAGAAACUUGUACAGAUUCAGAUGGAGGGACAGGCUCUGUGGGACAUAUCAACCAUGUGGCCCAUCAAAUAUGUAUAAAAAAGGAAGAACCUGAAGAGGAAGGCUAUGUCUGUGAAGCAGCAUCAGGUUCUGUGGAACUCAUCACACCUGUGGACCACCACAUACAUGUAAAAAAGGAAGAACCUGAAGAUGAAAACUUUCUCUGUGGAGAGGCAUCAAGCCCAGUGGAAAACAUAGACCAACAGAACAGAGGAUUUGAAAUGAAGUAUUUAAAAGAGGAAGUGUCUGAAGAUGAAGACUACCUCUGUACAACUACAGUCUGUGAAAUGAAUGAUGCCCAGUUACAAGUCUUCACCUGCUCCUGGUGUUCACUAUCCUAUACUUCUCAAAUUUACCUCCACAAACACAUCAGAAGAUACCACUAUAAGGAAUAUGACAGACUGAUAAAAUCAGGAGAGAUAAAAGAUGAGAAUCUUAUGACUACAAGAAGCUCCAGUAUUCAGGAAACUAAUACUGGUACUGUCAGCAGCAACACCUCUAAUCGACGAAUGCAGAAAGAAAUCUAUCCUUGCUCAGAGUGUGGGAGGAGUUUUACUGAUCAGAGUAAUCUGCGACGUCACCAGCGCAUUCACACAGGAGAAAAGCCACAUCACUGCUUGCAGUGUGGAAAGAAUUUUAUUCGACAGAGUGAUCUCCAAAUACACCAGCGUGGUCACACAGGAGAGAAGCCGUAUCACUGCUCACAGUGUGAAAAGAGUUUUACAACCAAGGGCAACCUCCAAAUACACUACUCAGUUCAUACAGGAGAGAAGCCGUACCAUUGUCCAGAGUGUGGGAAGAGUUUUGCCCAGCAAGGUAAUCUCCAACGACAUCAGCGCAUUCACAAUGGAGAAAAGCCGUAUCACUGCUCACAGUGUGGGAAGAGUUUUAAUCAGCAAAGUACUCUUAAAGCACACCAGUUUAUUCACACAGGACAGAAGCCGUAUCACUGUUCCGAGUGUGGGAAGAGUUUUGCCCAACACAGUAAGCUCCAAAGACACCAGCACAUUCACAAUGGAAAAAAAACUUGUCACUGCUUACAGUGUGGGAAGACUUUUACAACCAAGGGCAAUCUCAUACAACACCAGUGCAUUCACAUAGCUGAGAAAACAUUUCAGUGCGUACAGUGUGGACGAAGAUUUACUAAUUCAUCCACGUUUAACAUCCACAAUUGCUCUAACAUGGAGCCAUCACUUUAAUGUUUUUACUACUGUGUCCAAGGAAGCAACUGCCCUACCCUAAUACUAGCUAUGAUAUAUUGUUUAAGCUGUGUGUGUGUGUGUGUGUGUGUGUGUGUGUUUGUGUGUAUUAUAUAUUCUUAGAAGAUACUCUGAGGUCAGCCUGACUUAACUGAUUUUUAAGGUGCUUUUCUUCUAUUUCUAUUUUCUUCUAUUUAUGCAGUUUUGCAUAUAAUGCUGUACAAUUCUGAAAAUGGAUUCUAAAGUAAUUGAAUCAGACCCAAACAUUGUGCCAACAGAGCUGUACCGCUGUAUCAGAAUGAUAGAUUUUUUUUGUUUCAUAGCUAGCAAAUGGAGUCUUGGGCCUGAUUCCUUACAGUUCUUAAAAUAUUCUUAAAUUAACUGAAACAUUCUGAAGUAUCACGGUUCUACCAGAUUAAUAGUUGUAUCACUGUACAAUGUGGUAAAUUUAAAAAAAAUUAUUAUUAUUUUUUUUUUACAAAAUAUAGUAUGUAUUAAAUUGUUUCUCAGUCAAGUAAAAAAAAUCAAGUUCUCAGUAUAUGAGGUGUGCGAGAAAGAUACGCCUGGCAAGUUGCCAGUCACUGUAUUAUGAAGUUGCCAUAGUAACGUUUAUCAGUGAGUGGCGCAACCAGCAUUCCACUUUUGACGACAAACCAGUAUUCUUGCUGUUAAAAUUAAACAUUCUGGAGGGAGAAUGUUUGUAUAUGAAUGAGGAGCAAUGUGUGCUCUUUGCCAGUGUGAAAGUGCAAGCGCCGGACUGUUUGGGUCGACGAAACAAUUCGGACUCGCAGGCACAAUGGCGGAUGCUGUACUGUUUUCAGGCCCAUUGGUAGUCACUGCACCAAGUUGCUCCAAAUUUGCAUAAAGUUAAACAUUCUCAACUUUGUUGCAACGCUGGACACGACCACAUCUAGUUGGUAACUGUUGCCGUUGCUUAUAUCGCCGGAAGUCGGCAGCUCUAGUUGAAAAUGAAUGGUCCCUGGUCGCUUUGUCACUGCGAGUCGCUGUACAUGUGAAUGUACCUUGUGUAGGCAACAGGGAACCAGCUCCUGCUCCAUAUACACUGAUGCAGUUAACACUUGUUACUGGUAACAGAAUGCUCCAGCAGGAGGCACUGUGAACAUUAACCCCACCAUAAACUCGCAACAGAACAAGAAGAGCUGCAAUUUCCUUCCACCCCCCACCCAUUUAAGUUUUGCUGUUUAUUUGAACAGUUUAGCUUUCUCACUGAGGUAAUCAACACUACAUGCAUAUAUUCCUGACUGGUGUUUUGAUAGGUUUUAAAAUAAAGCUUGUUAUUGUGUCUGUGUUUGAGGAUGUUUGCUGCAUUCUACUUUAAAACCUGAGGUAAGUAAAACUCUAUGAGAUGUGUUGCUAGCAGAUAGUGGCUGAAUCGCAAAUGGCUCCCUAAUUCCUUCAAAGUGCAGUAUAUAGAGAAUGAUACAGUGGCAUAUUCAGAGGAGACAUUUGGGAUUCUGUCUUGGAAAAACCUUUGGUUAAAUGAAUUCAAAGGACAUGUAAGUUAAAUUGUUUGUAUGCAACCUUUCAGCUUAUUAUUAGUGAUUUGUGUUUUAAACUUCAAAGUUGUAGUUAUUAAUAACAACACAAUAUGGCUAAUAAUUAUCUAAAUCCAGCUACUAAUGAUUGUCUGAUGCUUGGUCUUUAGUUAAAUAUUUAGCAAUUAAAAUAUUAACAGAAUAUAAAGGACAGUGUUAUUAUUUUUUUCAUAAAUUUGGAAUAACUAAAAUGACAUUUUAUCAUUUUACUGUACAAUUAUAUUUUAGCUGUUAUUUUACACAAUUAUGCAAUUAUUUUAAUGGACCAAAACUUCUGAUAACUGAAUGAUCUGAUGGAGUAAUUUUGUAUAGUCUGAAGUCAUCAAGAUGAUCCUGAAGGAUCUUAUCAUCCCAGCUCUAUAAAGGUGUACAUUGUAAUGAAAAUAUGUACUUUCAGAACCAUGGUACAACACAAGUACGGUUUCACAGAAGCAUAAGGAUGUACCGCAGCAAACCCAAACAACCUGCAGAAAGUCACAGAUAACCAAUAACUCAAACUGAAUUCAUUACCUCAAGGAGUAAUUUGGAUAGUUUAACUAAAUUUACUGUUCUUUUCACAUUCACUUCUUGAAUUCUAGGGGUCUCUGUUGUAGUUUAUUAAAUAAGUAUGAUACAUAACACCCACUACUUUUGUAAAUUACCUUCAAGCCUUGUAAGCAAAUAAAAAUUGUACAUUUGAGUUUUGUGUUUUUGUUUUUUCCUUUUAUUUGUCCAGAUUAAUAAUGCAAAUAAUAUAAAAGCUAACAGGUCCUGUUAGAUAAAGGAUGUAAAGUUUACAAGUUUACAACUGGCAUAGGGUACAAAAUGCUCAUUAAUCAUGCCUGCUGGAUUUAAAUAUUAAUCUUGUCCUAAGCAUAAACUGGUGUAAUUAUUUAUGAGAGAUUUACAGAAUUGGUGAAUGCAGCAUAUAAAUAGAUUAAAGGGCUGAACAUCAAUAAGACAGCAGUUUUAGCAGUGUCACUUGUAGCCAUUCACAAAAAGUAAAAUGUAUUUGUUGUUGCAUGAUUUAUAAAAUCUUAUUCAUUCACACAUUUAUUGUUAAGAAGAAUUUGGGUACUAGAUAGACUGCCCUCAGUUCCAGCUGUUUCUCCACACUACUCCCCAGCCAGUGAGGUGGGCAUUAGGUAAUAUGGCCUCUGGUGGACCCCUUAUAUGAGAAAAGCAUUUCAUAUCUCCAUGAGAGCUUGGGUCCCUCUCUCUGUGACCAGAAGCGUUUCUGUCUGGUAUUUCUGUGGGACAAUAAGCAAAUCUGGUAAUAUAAGUGAGCUUGAUCAUAUCUGCCACAUGUUGGGUGGACAGGGUUGCUUGUGUACUCAGUGAAACUAGUUUCACAGCAAUCAAUUGUAUAGCCUGAUUUGGUAUUAAGGAGGUUAUGGGAACUAGUACCAUGAUGUGUGCAAGGAUGGUGUACAUGCUCCUUGGUCUGGGCACUUGAAAGCCAAUUGUCCAAUUCCAGCAGCCGUUGAGAGUCCUGGGUAAAUGGAGGCACUCAAAUACCUGCUAGGGAUCUAUGAGGACCUUUGUGUCUCUUUCCAUAUUAGGGCUUGAAUAAGAGUGAUGAUGGAGCUGAUCAGCCAGGUUUUGGCAAUAUGAUGGUUCCAUGUAGCUGAUUCAUUUGGGUGUGCCAGUUUUUAGUUUCUGAAAGCUGUCCGUUUCUCUCAAGGGCUACCAAACAGUUUAUUCCCACAUCUGCCACCAUGGCUGAUGCCAACUAGAUGUGGGCCCCAAUCAUAAACCAUGAUCCUAGCCUAAAUGUGCAAGGUUGUGAGCAAGGUUUUGAUAAGCGCUACGAAAGACUCCAUCAAAAUCCUGUUUUCUCGUUAUCCAAACUGUACUAAAUCAGAAUCUAAACUUGCCAAACUAUUAAUCUGAAUAAGCUGAAAUUAAAUAGAAGUGUGUGAUAUAGUAACAGGAAAGAAAUAGCAUAUGUGUGUAUUGGGAAUAGUAUCUGGCAGGACCCAACAAAAUGUCAUGGGUCUUAAAUAACCUUUCAGUGUUCUUGAAGCGUUAAUGUUCAUCUAGAUAGGGAUCUGCUGAGCUGUUGGCAGAAAUGUAAUUCCUUUUUCUUCCCCUUGUGUCCUUUCUCAUUCAAGUAAAUUGACUUUUUUUACACAGUCAAUUUUUCCCAUGCAUCUAUAUCCCAUUUAAAGAAAGAAAAGUACUAUAUUACAUUCCACCCAUAGGUCUUUGAUAUUGUUUAAAGUAAUCAUAUUCUGCAUCGAGUGUAUUGCUUUACAGAACCUUCUAAAGUUCUGUUUAUGAUUUGAUAAUCCUUUUUCAGGAUCACAACCCUUUAGAACUCAGAAUAAGACCUUAUAAUGGAAUCAAUGAAGGUCCAACCAUGCUCUUCUAGAACACAACCACAAACUCCUGCUGGCUCACAGAUAACGUUU